AACUGACGCAUGGCAAGUGUGUAGUGUACCCACAUCAUACGAUUGUAUAUCAAUGAGAAAAAGAACGGUGGCAAAUAAAUUUUGCGGAAUCUGUGAAUGUGUUUAAUACGUGUUUUGUAAAUAUGCAUGGCAUUCUAUAGUUGCCAUUUAUAAGUUCAACGAAUUAUAUUUUAAGUUACCUUGCGAAAAUUAUCUUGGAGGCAUGACAUUCUAAGAUAAAGAAAAUACAGUGGUGAAAUAAAUGAUUUUUAAAAUGAUAUAGAAUGUUAUGUUAUUCUAUUUAACAUUGUGCAUAUGUGACAUGAAAUACCAUACAUUUUAAUGACAUACAAGUUUGGAUAGUGAUCUGGUAAACUCUGACUCAAAACAUAGAAUACUAAGUAAACAUGGAGGAGAAGCAUGGUUCAAGUGUAUUGGAAGACGAAGAACUAGAAGAAUCUGAAAAUAUAAUAAUAAAUGAAGUGGAUGGAUUACCAAAUGUGCAUCCUAAUUACCAGCAGCUAGAAUUAGAAUUUGAUGUAGGAAAAGGUCAUAGCGAUACAAAUGCAAGAUCUAUAGAAGACUUAGUACACGAUGAAGAUUUACCAACAUCUGUUAUUGUAACCAAUGUAGAUCCUCGGGUUUUUAAAAGUGAUGAAUUGAAGCAUGAAAUAGAAGAUCUUUUUAAGCAGUUUGGGGAAGAUGCAACAUUUCAGUAUUUUAGAUCAUUUAGAAGAAUGAGAGUAAACUAUAGUUCUCCAAAUGCAGCUGCAAAUGCAAGGGUACAACUACACCAAGCUCACUUUGGAGAGACCGAUAUCAAUUGUUAUUUUGCACAACCUGUUACGCCAAUAGACAUGGAAGACCAACACCUCCAGCCACCAGCACUUACUAAACAGUUCCUAAUUUCACCACCUGCUUCACCACCUAUUGGUUGGGAACCCAGAGAGGAAGGCGAACCUUUAGUUAAUCAUGAUUUAUUAGCAGCUAUAGCAAACUUAUCUGCAGGAGGUAGUCACGAGUUGCAUCCUGGAGGUUCUGGACAACCAGGCAUUGUUGUUCACGUUUGUGAGACGGCAAAUCCUGUGAAAAAUGCUCCACGUAUACAACAUACACGUUGCCCAGAACAUUCGUAAGCAGCUCCGCUAGAAAUGUUGUCCAUUCUAUGACAAUGAGUUAUUUAUCCAUCCAAGAAGCAGUUAGAUGCAUUACAGACAGUGGCAUUCAACACUCUAAAGUUUUAAUUGCUAUAUUGCAAAAUUGACAUUUCUUGUGGCAUUAGUGUCAUAUGAAAUGAUUUGUAAAUGUUUUUUGCUCAGGCCAAUACAUAUAAAUAAUAUUAUUUUUUGCUAAUAUUGCAAACAAAAAUAUAUAUCAUAAAAAAACGUGAUAUAAUGAAAUAGCUUAAAAAUCAUUGAAUAAUUACUAACGUACAAAUAAAUCAUUAGACAGAAAUACUGCACAUAUUAUUUCCGAAUAACUUUACAGUUGUUCUUAAGUUCUUUUUCUUCGAAAAAAACAAAUAAAAGUAUUAGAAGCUUAAUUAUCAUUGUAAAAUCUAAUAAAAUUAACAUUAAUGUGUCAAGAAUAAAAAGUAUUAAAAUUAGCGAUAUCAAAGUUGUACAUUGAAUUAUUGAUGUUGUAUUCUCACAGAAGAUACAUAAAAUUUAAGGAUUUAGAAAAUAUCAAAUUAAUUAUUUCGAAAUGUGCAAAUAAAUUAGCUCGAAGGAUACAAAAUGGACGUGUGUGCAAUGAGUUUAAUAAGGGCAAUUAUAAACAUUGAUGUAUAUUUAAUGUACAUACAUGUGACUGUGAGUGUAUAUCAUGUGAACGCAUGAAAAUUGGUGUUACCAAGGUUAUUCUUUAUUAGUUUUUAAUUAAUCUGUACUAAAAUCGAAACGAUAAAUACUUUUUUCCUCUAAAGAAUGUUAACAAUUUUGAACUAUGAAUAAUUGAUAAAGGAAUUAUAAAUAGCGUUGUUUCACUUAAAGAACAACUCAAUGCAAUUAAAAAUAUACAUAUUACUCGCGAUAUGUCAGUGUACUGUUUUACCACAACAGUAAUGAGUAUGUAUAUGUAUAUAUAAAUGUAUAUAUUGUUCCCACUCAUAUGAAAUAUCUAUAUUUCAUGUUGGUGUAAAAUUUAAUCUACUAUAAAGCUGUUAAAAAUUUAUAACUAUGUUAUGGUAAAUUACUUUUGUGUGAAUAAAUACGUUACCAGAAAUUUAAUUUUUGUAAGUGAAUCUCAUGUAUACAAACUGAAAAGAUUUCAGAACAUUUUUGUUAAAUUAUUUAGUUUAAAUUACUCUGUAUUAAAUGAAAUGUUUUAAAAAAAA